GCCGGAGGUGUUCCGAAAUAAAAAAAACAAAGUAGCAAUGGGUGAGGAGAAAAUGGAAAUGGAAGACUCUACUCUGAUGGAAAAGGGACGGAAGCCACCCGCGCCCAAACCUCCCAACAAAUAUGAGACUCUGUUCCAGCCCUGCCUGGCCGAGACAGUGGGGACCAUGUUCUUCGUUUUUGUCGGCUGCGUGUCUGUCAUUGAGAACGUGCCGGCGGCUGGACGGCUGCAGCCGGCCCUGGUGCAUGGCCUGGCUGUGGCGGUGUUGGUGGCGGUCAUGGAUAACAUCAGUGGCUCCCAUUUCAACCCUCCCUUCACUAUCGCCAUCUACCUGUGUGGAGGCAUGGAGCUGAUGAUGGUGGGACCCUACUUGGUCAGCCAGCUGAUUGGAGGAGUGCUGGGAGCUGGAAUGGCCAAGAUGAUGACUCCUGCAGACCGGUACUUGAACGCAACGGGAGCAGCGUUUGACAGCGUCAAGUCAGAGAGCCAGCUGUUCGGAGCCAUCUUCGGGGAGGUGGCCAUGACCUGCCUGGUCACCAUGGUGGUGCUGCUGGUGGCGGUCAACAGCAAGACCAAAACCCCGCUGGCUCCGUUCCUGGUGGGCUGUACCGUCAUCGUUAACGUCCUGGCGGGAGGUGACAUAUCCGGAACGUGUCUGAACCCUGCCAGAGCCUUCGGGCCAGCUCUGAUGACAAACUACUGGACCUACCACUGGGUUUACUGGGUGGGGCCCAUAGGUGGGGGGCUGGUGGCAGCCGCUUUGCUCAGGCUCAUUCUGGGUGAUGAUAAGUUAAGAGUCGUUAUGAAAUCAUAACAGCGAACAUGUCUGGCCCACCAUAUCAGCUACACCCUUGACUCAUGUGGCGUCACAGUGACGUGCGGUCAGUGUGAUGCUGUUGUACUUUUCUCUGCUUUUCUUCCAUGCCAAACUGGGUGAUCACUGUGAAUUUUUUAGUAUUAAAAUAUUAAGAACGAAAUAUGUAGACUGAUCUCUCAUACCAAUGCAGAUCAAAUAAAUGCUUGUUUUUGUUACUUGUGUGUAACAAAAACUACUCGUGUGUGUGUGUUU